UGCUCUGCCUCCAUAGCUGCCAAAUGCAACAUGGGUUUUUGGUCACACAAGCGCCUUUUCUUGGCCUUUCUCAUUCUUGCUUCAGCCAUUGAUGGGGCUCUAGGAGAUGCUAUGGUUAGUGGCACUGUCUUCUGUGACCAAUGCAAGGAUGGCCAAAGAUCUCUCUUCGACUAUCCCAUUUAUGGGAUCAAAGUCACGAUGGCCUGUGCAGAUAGUAAUGGCCAAAUUACAAUGUCAAGAGAAGAGACAACAAAUUGGUUUGGAAACUACGCAAUGAGGUUUGAUGGCGCCCCAGACUUGAGCAAUUGUUAUGCUGAGAUUUCAAGCAAUGGUCAGAGUUCAAAUGGCUGUGGUGCAGCAGCUGGUCCUGCCCAAAAGCUAAAGCUGAUGUUCAGGAUGUUUGAUAUGGAAAUUUACAGCGUGGAUUCUUUGCUUUCUCAGCCUGCUCAGCCCAUGUCAUUUUGUCCAAGAUCCACAAACCCAAUGCCUGCACCUGUAAAUCCCGUAAGGCCUCCAGUGCCUGUAUCGCCUCCACCUUUCAAGCUCCCUCCAAUCCCUAGAUUGCCUCCGCUGCCUCCACUGCCUCCUAUGCCACCAGUUCCUUUCCUGGAAGCAUCAGCUUGUACACACCAGUAUUGGACUAUGCCAGAGUACAAAUGCUACUGGAGGGCAGUGAACCCUGAGAUGAAGGUAGCAGUUGUUUUUGGGUUGCUUGCAGCAAGAAGAUAUGGUACAGACAUGUCAUUAUGGCAAGGCCUACAAGGGAGAGGAGAUCCUUACAGGACUCUCCUGAGGGAAGGGACAACAGCACUCCUCAACUCUUAUAAUAGUCUGGAAUUCUCUUACAAUUCAAUAAGUGUUGUUACACAUAUGAACUGGGCCUUAAUGGGCUCCCAAAGGAGUGUUCUCCUCACUGCUCUUAGGUUUAAGAGGGCGAAUUCUGGUUAUGGCCAUGAUACUUGCAAAUUCACCCCUUGCAAGUGACUUAUAUUGAUCAUUAUGCCAUUUUCAUCUCCACUGGUUAGAUUUUAUUACCUCUAUAUAUAGGCUAUAGUUAUAGUAUGAGCUUGGAUUCUAUCUCGUUCUUGUUGUUUGUUUAACAGUUCAAAUAUUUAAGUCUACCAAUAAUUUUCUUUUU